AUGGGAACUACUAUUUAUACUGUUAAUACUAAUUCAGUCAGAGAAAAAAUUGAGUAUCGUUUUAAUUAUGUUGGCUUAAUGUGCUUUGUAAUUUGGCACAGUGUAUACUUUUAUUCCUCAUUCAUCUCUUAUAUAGAAGGACAAACUAUCUUGAGACUUUUGUACGACACAAAAUUAAAACAAUAUGGAGAUUCUAUACAAGAUAUCUUAUCUUUUCUGUACGUACUGUUUCUUAUGUGGAAGAUACCAUUCGAUUUGAGCAAAAGUAUUGGAGAACCACAAGAAUUUGCCAAUAUCGAUAAAACCUUUGAUCGGUUGUUCCAAAAGGUAAAGCAAUUUCAGACAUCUUUAGUUGGAUUGAUAGUGAUUUUAAUUCAAAUGGCAUUAAGUGGGGUAAAAAUGUGGACAUUAUGGCUGAUCCUGAAAGAUCUUAAUGUUCCUUUACCCUGGAAUAAAAUGUAUAAUAUUGUGUAUAUCGAAAUGUUGAUGUUGACGAUUGCUAAUCAUUAUUGUUUUUAUUUGAUGAUGGUAAAGGAGCGAUAUAAAACCGUGAACAAAAUUCUUAGGGCGAUAAAAGAUAAGAAUUCACAUGAAUAUUAUAUUUUUGUUCGAGAGAGACGAGCCCGGAACGAAGAUAAAGCUUUGCAGCUACAAGAAAAGUGCGUGUGUGAGAAAAUAAAGACAUGCGCUAACAUUGUUAGUACUUUGUAUGAAAGUACAGAGAAUUCAAACAAGAUAUAUGGUGUGGCUUUAGUAUUUACCAUGUUCUUUUGUUUGAUUACGAUAACACUGAACUUGUUCUACUUAAUGGAAGCCACUGCUUCUGGUUUGUUCUACGACGCGCCGAGGUACUGCGCGUUCCUAGUCUAUGUAUUUUGGCAUAUCAUUGUAGGCAUUGCCGUCAUCUAUGCAUUCGUAUGUCUAUGCGAAUUAACUGUAGCUGAGGCUAAAGCUACAGGAUUUCUUAUUCAUGAGAUUAUUAACAAUAAUGUCAGUACUGCUAUAACAUCUGAGGGCGCUCGCUCCGUGGUGACGUUCCUCGUGAUGCUCAUUCAGUUUGUUACUGAUCCGCCUUCAUCGUUAUAA